GGACAGAGAGAAUUACCAAAAGAACAGCCGGUCUGAUUGAAACCAGGAACACUAUAAUCUCAAUCCUUCUUAAAGCGAAAGGAGUUACUUAACAUUACUACAGCACUAGAAUUUCACGGAUGGGAGGAAUGGGUUCUAGUAGUAAACGCGUGAUGUGCAAAUAUUUGGAGAAUAUCGGAAGGGAUUAAAGUAUCGAGGAAAAGAAAAGGCUGGCGGUUCAGGAAAUCAAUUAUUAGUCACCCACAAAUCAAGAUAUAUAAUUAUGUAGUGUGUUUUUUGUAAGGGGGAAACAUUGAGGAAAUCAGUCCAAAAGGAAAAAAAAAAGCUCUAUUGUAGAAAGUGCUGCAAUUAUUACUAUUUAUAAUUAGCUAAAAACUAAUUGUUUUCUUAUUUUUAAGCGGUAUUUUAAAAACGAAUACAAAAAUAUCAAUUCUGCUGUGCAGCUCUUUCACUUGCACAGUGUGGUUUUUAUUUUUUUCGUGGUUUUGCUGCGCAGCUCUUCACUCACACAAGCGCGAGGAGAAGAGCGGCAGGCUGCCUGGAGGCUGGAGGCAGAGACGCUCCAGCGGGGAUCUUUGUUCAGGAGAGGCCGGCUGAAACUCAAGCACGCUGCAGGCCUCGAAUCGGGGCCUUUGCGGUUUAAAAAUGCUAUAUUAUAUUUAAGAUUUUGAGAUGGAGAUAAUCAGAUACUCCUGGAGGGUUGCUGAAAGAACAGAAAAUCAGUGUCGUUUGCAGUGAUCUGGACUUGCUUUUUAAACUUUUGUAUUGCUUCUGACAAGGAAGAAUUUUAACACACAAUUGUGGUAACUGUAAAAUGGAUGGACGCAGUGACCAGGAAAGUGUGAGCAACAGCAGUGGGGAAUCAAGCCAAUCUGAUGAGGAAUCUGGCUCUGGAUCAGGCUCUGGUUCAGGUUCCAGCUCUGGGAGCAGCAGUGAUGGAAGCAGCAGUCAAUCAGGAAGCAGCGACUCAGGCAGUGGUUCCGACUCCGGCAGCCAGUCGGAAUCGGAGUCCGAAGGGUCAAAGGAAAAGAAACAGCAAGAAAACAAAACUGCGGAAAUAGAUGGAGCAGAGUUUUGGAAAUCAAAUCCAAGUAUCUUGGCUGUACAACGAUCGGCUAUGCUCAGGAAACAGCAACAGCAGCAACAGCAACAGCAGAGUUCAUCAGACAGUGGAUCAGAUGAGGAUUCGUCCAGCAGUGAUGAAUCAGAUGAUGAUUCUUCAAGCCAGAAUAAAAGGAAAAAGAAGCGUAAAGAUGAGGACUGGCAUUUGUCUGAUUCCAGGCCAGAGUCCAGGUCUGGAUCGAAUUCUGGGUCAGAUUCUGGUUCUGACUCUUCAGAUGAUCAAGGUGGAAACAGCGAUGAGAGUGUAUCGGACUUCGAGCCUAAUCACAAAGUUAAAAGCAGAAAGCCCCCAAACAGGAUAAAUGUAAGAAAUGGUAAAAAAGGCAAAGCUCAGAAAAAGAAGCCACCAAUGGGUUCCUCAGAUGAUGAUGAUGACGAUGAUUAUGACAAGAAGGGUCCCCGUCGUCAGGCCACUGUAAACGUGAGCUACAAAGAGGAUGAUGAAAUGAAGACGGAUUCUGAUGAUUUGGUGGAAGUGUGUGGUGAAGAUGUUCCUCCUCCUGAAGAUGAUGAAUUUGAAACAUUGGAAAAAGUGAUGGAGAUGAGGUUUGGGAGGAGAGGAGCUACUGGUGCAACCACAACUGUAUAUGCAGUGGAGGCAGAUGGUGAUCCAAAUUCUAACUUUGUACCAGGCAAAGACCCUGGAGACAAUCAGUAUCUGAUUAAAUGGAAAGGAUGGUCUCACAUUCACAACACCUGGGAGACCGAAGAGACCCUCAAGCAGCAAAAUGUCAGAGGCAUGAAAAAACUAGAUAACUUUAAGAAAAAGAAUCAGGAAAUGAAACGAUGGAUGAAAACAUCAUCUCCUGAAGAUGUUGAAUAUUUCAACUGUCAGCAGGAGCUUCUUGAUGACUUGCAUUCUCAAUACCAAAUUGUGGAGAGAAUAAUUGCUCAUUCUAAUCAAAAAUCGGCGGCUGGUUAUCCAGACUAUUUCUGCAAAUGGCAAGGCCUUUCAUAUUCUGAAUGCAGCUGGGAGGACGGUGCUCUAAUUUCAAGGAAAUUUCAGAAAUGUAUUGAUGAUUACAUGAGCAGAAACCAGUCAAAAACCAUUCCCUUCAAAGACUGUAAGGUGUUAAAACAGAGACCCAGGUUUGUUCCCAUGAAGAAGCAGCCCUCUUACAUUGGUGGUGAUGGAUUAGAGCUCCGCGAUUACCAGCUGGACAGUUUAAACUGGAUGGCACACUCAUGGUGCAAGGGCAAUAGUUGCAUCCUUGCAGAUGAAAUGGGUCUUGGAAAAACCAUUCAAACUAUCUCCUUCCUGAACUAUCUGUUCCAUGAGCAUCAGCUCUAUGGCCCUUUCCUGGUGGUGGUACCCCUCUCUACUCUUACUUCGUGGCAAAGAGAAAUUCAGUUAUGGGCUCCUAUGAUGAACGUAGCGGUUUACCUGGGCGACAUAAACAGCAGAAGCAUGAUUAGAACACAUGAAUGGAUGCAUCCACAAACCAAACGUUUGAAGUUGAAUAUCUUACUAACAACGUAUGAAAUCCUGCUUAAAGAUAAGUCAUUCCUUGGCAAUGUCAACUGGGCUUUUAUUGGUGUUGAUGAAGCUCAUCGUUUGAAGAAUGAUGAUUCCCUUCUUUACAAAACUCUGAUAGAGUUCAAGUCAAACCACAGACUUCUGAUCACUGGAACCCCUCUGCAGAACUCUCUGAAGGAGCUCUGGUCAUUGCUGCAUUUUAUCAUGCCUGACAAGUUUAGCUCUUGGGAGGUCUUUGAGGAGGAUCAUGGGACAGGUCGUGAUUCUGGGUAUGCUAGUCUGCAUAAGGAGCUGGAGCCUUUUCUGCUGCGCAGAGUUAAAAAGGAUGUGGAAAAGUCCCUUCCUGCAAAGGUGGAGCAGAUCCUGCGGGUGGAAAUGAGUGCAAUACAGAAGCAGUACUACAAGUGGGUGUUGACCCGGAAUUACAAGGCACUCAGCAAAGGCACAAAGGGCAGUACCUCAGGCUUUCUGAAUAUAAUGAUGGAACUGAAAAAGUGUUGUAAUCAUUGCUACCUUAUUAAACCACCCGAUGAUAAUGAGUUUUAUAACAAACAAGAGGCCUUACAGCAUCUGAUCCGUAGCAGUGGAAAGCUGAUCUUGCUUGACAAGCUCCUCUUACGCCUUAAAGAGCGAGGCCACCGAGUUCUUAUCUUCUCUCAGAUGGUGCGAAUGCUGGACAUUCUCGCAGAAUACUUGAAGAGUCGACAGUUCCUGUUUCAGAGGCUGGAUGGAUCGAUAAAGGGAGAAAUGAGGAGACAAGCACUUGAUCAUUUUAAUGCAGAAGGAUCAGAGGAUUUCUGCUUCUUGCUGUCUACAAGAGCUGGCGGUCUGGGCAUAAACUUGGCCUCUGCAGAUACUGUUGUUAUUUUUGACUCGGAUUGGAAUCCUCAAAAUGACUUGCAAGCUCAAGCCAGGGCCCAUAGGAUUGGGCAGAAGAAACAGGUCAACAUCUAUCGACUGGUCACCAAGGGGUCUGUGGAGGAAGAAAUCAUUGAAAGGGCAAAGAAAAAGAUGGUGCUGGACCACCUGGUGAUCCAGAGAAUGGAUACCACAGGAAAAACUGUACUGCACACAGGCUCAGCUCCUUCAAGUUCCACUCCUUUCAAUAAAGAAGAGCUUUCAGCAAUCCUGAAGUUUGGUGCUGAGGAACUGUUUAAAGAACAAGAAGGAGAGGAGCAGGAGCCACAGGAAAUGGAUAUCGAUGAAAUCCUGAAACGAGCUGAAACACGAGAAAAUGAUCCGGGUCCUUCGACUGUGGGGGAAGAACUGCUGUCACAGUUUAAGGUGGCAAACUUUUCAACAAUGGAGGAUGAAGAGAUUGACCUGGAUGCUGACCGGAAAAAGAAGUCCUGGGAUGAUAUUAUUCCUGAGGAGCAGCGGAGGAGACUGGAAGAGGAAGAGAGGCAGAAAGAGCUGGAAGAGAUCUACUUGCUGCCCAGAAUGAGAAAUUGCGCCAAACAGGCAAAUUUUAAUGGGAAUGAAGGCAGGCGCAGCAGGAACAGCAGGAACAGGAGGUACUCUGGGUCCGACAGCGAUUCUAUUUCAGGCAGAAAGCGGCCAAAGAAACGAGGGAGACCACGGACAAUUCCAAGAGAAAACAUCAAAGGGUUCAGUGAUGCUGAAAUACGGAGGUUCAUCAAGAGUUACAAAAAGUUUGGUGGCCCUCUGGAAAGACUUGAUGCAAUUGCCCGGGAUGCUGAACUGGUUGACAAAUCUGAAAUGGACCUUAAACGGCUGGCUGAAACCGUGCAUAAUGGCUGCAUAAAGACCUUAAGAGAGAACUCCUCUGGGCCAGAAAAGACAGGAGGGGGCAGGCGAGGUAAAGUGAAAGGACCAACAUUCCGAAUCUCAGGGGUUCAAGUGAAUGCAAAGUUGGUCGUCUCUCAUGAAGAAGAACUGGCACCAUUGCACAAGUCCAUUCCAGCAGAUCCUGAGGACAGGAAAAGAUAUAGCAUCCCUUGUCAUUCAAAGGCAGCUCACUUUGAUGUUGACUGGGGUAAAGAAGACGACUCCAACCUAUUGAUUGGUAUAUACGAGUAUGGCUAUGGCAGCUGGGAAAUGAUCAAAAUGGACCCAGACCUGAAUUUAACACAAAAGCUGUUACCAGAUGACCCGGAUAAGAAACCACAGGCUAAACAGCUGCAGACAAGAGCUGACUACCUCAUAAAACUACUGAGCAAGGACCUGGCCAGAAAGGAGGCCCAGAGGCUAGCUGGGACGGCCAAUUCGAGAAAGAGGAAGCCCAGAAGCAAGAAGAACAAAGUUGCAAAGCCAGUAAAAAUUGAAGAGGUGGUUAAGAGUGACUUGUCUCCGCCCCCAUCAGAGAAAAGCUCAGAGGAGGAGGAGGAGGAGGAGGAGGAAGAGGUAAAGGAAGAAGUUGCUCCUGCCAAGCCUGUCAACAGGAGGGCCAAAACUGAAAAAGUAAAAAAGUCAAGUGAUGACGACAACGAUGAUGAUGAUGACGAACCAGAGCCAGAAACUGUAAUUAAAAAUGAGCCUGAAGAGAAGGAAGCGAAAGAAAAGGACAACAAAAAAGAAAAAAAGGAUAAAAAAGAGGAAAAUAAGGAUGUAAAAGAGAAAAGGGAACUGAAAGAGAAGAAAGAAAUGAAAGCUGAGCCUGUACUGAAAAAAGAAGAAAUCAAAGAGGAAAAAAUAACUGAAGUAAAAGUUGAGAUUAAGGAAAAAUUGAAGAAGGUAACGGAUGCUCCUGUCCACAUUACUGCAAGCGGUGAACCUGUACCCAUCGCUGAGGAGUCAGAGGAGCUUGACCAAAAGACGUUUAGUGUGUGCAAAGAAAGGAUGCGACCUGUUAAGGCAGCAUUAAAACAGUUAGAUAGGCCAGAGAAGGGUCUUUCAGAGAGGGAGCAGCUGGAACACACAAGGCAGUGCCUGAUCAAAAUUGGAGACCACAUCACUGAAUGUCUGAAGGAGUACACCAACCCAGAACUGAUCAAACAGUGGAGAAAAAAUCUCUGGAUAUUUGUAUCAAAGUUUACAGAGUUUGAUGCUAGAAAACUACACAAACUAUAUAAACACGCGAUCAAGAAACGACAAGAGAGUGCUCAGGCAGGUGACCAAAACAGUAGCUUAAAUGUUCACAGCAUUAAACAGGAAGAUAUUGAAAGGCUAAAGGAGAAUUCUCAUCAUGACGACAAUAGCAGGGACAGCUACACCUCUGAGAGGCACCACUCCUCACAUUACAAUGAUCAUCACAAGGAACGGCAGGGAGAUUCUUACAGGAAAAGCGAUUCUUCGAGAAAGAGACCUUAUUCAUCAUACAGCAAUGGCAAGGACCACCGGGAUAGGGAUCACUACAGGCAAGACAGCAGAUACUACAGUGACAGUAAGCACAGAAAACUGGAUGACCACAGAAGUCGAGAUCACAGGUCAGGUUUAGAAGGGAGCCUGAAAGAAAGAUCUCGCUCAGACCAUCACUCCCAUUCUGACCACAGGUCCCACUCUGAACAACGAUCCAGUUCUGAAUAUGGCCACCACAAAUCCUCCCGAGAAUACAGGUACCAUUCAGACUGGCAGAUGGACCACCGAGCCUCUGGGAGUGGGCCUAGGUCUCCCCCAUAUGACUCCAGGUCUCCCCUUGGACACAGAUCUCCAUUUGAGUACUCUUCUGACCACAAAAGUACUCCAGAGCAGAUCUGGAGUAGCCGCAAGACAUAACACAAGCUGAGAUGUCAUGUCUGGACCUUUUUGUUAGCCAUAGAAACAGUUGAACACAGUAAAUGCCUUAUGUGACUUGAAAGUGCUAUGGACAGGCUACUUUCAGUAGCAGUAUUGCUUCUCCUUUCCAGGUUGCAAGGUGUAAUAUCCCAUUAAAAGAAAAACAAAUAUUUUUAUAUUUAAGGGUAAUGCUGCAGUGUGCUGCAAAGUUUGUGACAUUUUUAAAACAAAACAAAAAAAAAAUCACUUGUUUACUACUACAGAACAGACCAGAACACUGCCCCCCUCCACCCCCUUCACCACCAGACUGGAUCUUGGCAAGGAUUAGUUCAAUUUUGAUGUGGUGUUUGGUCUAUUUAAAAACUAACAAUAAAGAGCUAUAUGUAACUGAUCUUUAAUCAUGCCUACGAAAUGAAUAAAGAGUUUAAGAUGA